CAGCAGGCGGCAGUUCACCACCCUUUCCUCCACCCCCCCCCCCCCCGUCGCUCUCCCACCCGCAUCCCAUCGCGACCCAACCGCGCGGGCCGGACGGUGCUCUGGUGCCGCGCGUCUCCACUGAUCCGCGCGGGCUCGCCCGGCGCCCCGGCCGGGUGAGCUAGCGAGCGAGCUGCAUGGAUCCCCCGGGGCCAGCCGGGGCGUCCUCGGCGCCGGGCGGCGACGCGCAGGCGCCGCAGCACCAUGUGCAGCCGCUGGCCCAGGCGCAGCCGCAGGUCGCGCCGGCGCCGGCGCCGCCGCAGCAGCUGAGCAGGUACGAGUCGCAGAAGCGGCGGGACUGGAACACGUUCCUGCAGUACCUGCGGAACCACCGGCCGCCGCUGACGCUGGCGAGGUGCAGCGGCGCGCACGUCAUCGAGUUCCUCAAGUACCUGGACCAGUUCGGCAAGACCAAGGUGCACGCCGCCGGGUGCGCCUACUUCGGCCACCCCAGCCCGCCGGCGCCGUGCCCGUGCCCGCUGCGCCAGGCCUGGGGCUCCCUCGACGCGCUCAUCGGCCGCCUCCGCGCCGCCUACGAGGAGAGCGGACACCCGCCCGAGUCCAACCCCUUCGCGGCCCGCGCCGUGCGGAUCUACCUCCGCGAGGUCCGCGACUCGCAGGCCAAGGCGCGGGGCAUACCCUACGAGAAGAACCGCAAGCGCAAGCAGCCCGCGCCGCCGGCCCCAGGGGAGGCGGCGCCGUCGUCGUCGUCAUCGUCAUCGGCGGCCGCCGCGGCGGCACGAGAGGCGGCUGCCCCCGCCACGAGCGGCGGUGACGGGUCCAGUGGCACCGCGGCGGCGGCGGCGGCAGCUGCACCGACGACUGGCCAGGCGGGAGGGAGUGGCGGCGCUGCUGCACCGGCCAGCACAUCAUCCCGAGUAUAGUAGAAUCACUUUGCAAACCAUGGUCUAUUUGCUUCUGUACGUCUCGCUAGCUAUACCUCGAGCUUUGCAACAUUUGAGCUGCUAUUUCUUUCUUCUGCCAUUUGGUUUUCGGCGUCCUUACAUCUUGCUCCUUAGAAAUUGCCUCUCCUGCUUGCUGCUGUUUUUUUCCCUCUUCCUUUGGCUGGAUUAUAUUCUUCCUGCUCCCUUAUUGAGCUAGUCAUUUUCACUAUGCUGAAUUAUCCAGCAGCUACUAGGUCAGUAAUAAUAAUAAUACAUGGAAAUUUGGCAAAAACUGAAUGAUAAUAUGGGCCUUUCUGUUUGCUCA